AUCAGACUUUGGAUACACAUACAAUACUUUUCAGUGAUCAGAGAUGUUGGUUCCACAACUGCUUUUGGGCUGUAAACUGGUGGCCAAGGGCUGUCUGAAGAGCUACUGAUGAUAACUGUGAGUAAGAUGAUAGAAAGCUACGGUGAAUAAAUGGCUGUGAAUGUGACUGUUGAGAUCCUGAGCAGGAUGAACCAGAACAUCGCUGCAGAGGAGUUACAGGUGCAGUAGAUCAGUGAGUUUGUAGACGCAGUGUGCUAAACUGUGUCUCUUACUGAUUUCUGUGUCUUUUAUUUGGAAAUUCAAGAAAUACCAAGAUACUGAUUAAAUGUGUUUUCAUUUUCAUCACAGUCUUACAUUUCUGAUAUUGUUUUGUUAAGGAGUGAAAUAUAAGCCUAAAAUAAAUUCCACUAUACCUGCAACAUAUCCAACAAUUUUAAUAACUGGCGUAAAAAAAACAACAACAUAUAGCCUCCACUACUUCUAAGAAGACAGUUAAAACAUUUUAUUUAUUUAUUUAUUUGGGGGUGUUUUGCGGUCUUUUCAUGGGUGGUCUCUCUCUCCACUUGAACGUCAACGCCCAGCCCCCGAACGUCUGCUCUUGCUGCUUCCUAUAACUGCCUGAUAACCGGCUGAAGCCGAGACUUCCGCUAUUUUCUUCUCUACAUAACUUGGGUCUGCUGCCGUCGGUGACACGUGAGCAGAAAUGCAGGCUCAACAGCUGUUCCUUGGGACCGCAGCAAGGUUAAAUCCAGCAGAGCUGCUCUUAGAGGUUCUGGAUGACCUGGGUUCAUGUGAGUUUAAAAAGUUGAAGUGGCAUCUUAUGGUGAACGGCUUGGACAGCUUCAGACCAAUUCCUAGGAGCCGUCUAGAGAACGCAUACCGGAUGGACAUUGUGGAUAUAAUGUUACGAUACUACGGUGCAGAGAUGGCUGUGAACAUCACUAUGAAGAACCUGAGGAAAAUAAGCAGGAACGACAUCGUAGAGAGGUUAAAGGAAGCAUACACAGAGGAAAGAGCAGCUAAACCCUCCACCUCCUCUGCUUUGACACCUCCUGCUGCUCCUGCUGUAAUGUCUGCUUAUAAUGGUAGUGUGAUUUUUGCCCCAGCGGUGAACGGUGGCAUCUCUGGACCAUUGAAUAUAACCAUCAACUGUGGCGUGAUGACUACAACUAGGAGGAACGUCCUGCUGCACUUCCAGCUGUUCCUCCUGAAGCUCCUCCUGAUGCUCCUGCUGGAAUGUCUGUUCAGAAUGGAAGUGUGAUCAUCGCCCCGAUGGUCACCGGUGGCAUCUUUGGAUCAUGGAAUAUAACCAUCAGGGGCGUCAAGAGAGAUUUAUGGUUAGGGGGGCUGAGUUUUUAACAGGGGGAUCUGGGGGGAGGAAUCUUUUUUUUUUUAAUGGCCCAAAAAAUGUCUGUUUGUCAUGAAUUUUUAGAGUAGCAAUAGGUAUAAAAUCAACACAAUAGAUCUGUUUCUUCAUAGUUUGUAUUAGGCGCGGACCUAAUAAGGCCUAUGACAUAAAAUUCAGAAUUCAUUUUAACUAAAAGCUUAAACAACUAACAUUCACUUUCUUCUCGAUCACUAACCUCCAUCAGACCUGCUCCUUCAGCCCCGUCAGCCUCCUCCAUCUUCCUCAUCUCCCUCUCCUCGCCUGUUUUUAGUAACAUGUUAUUUUAUCAGAUUUACAAGAACUCAAGGCUUAAUGAGUGAUCAACCAGUUUAAAUUUGUAUUUGUCUGAACUGGCCAAAUCUUCUCACCCGACCGGCCUUGGCGUCUCUUUUACAAUGGUGGUCUAGGGGAAAAAUCCUUUCAGGGCCGCAAGGGGAUUUUUCACUGCAAUACCACGAGUGGUCACUGGGAAAAAUUGGCUGCAAGGCAGAACGGCAGCGCCCUAUUCAGCUCUUGUAAUACAUCCAUGUUACCGAUACAGUACAGCCAAUGGAAACGCUGGAUUAUAGGUCACAGCGCCCGGCACUUUAGGUACAUUGUGAAUUUGGAGAUGCAAAGCAACUAUUCGAUCGAUUUUAAUGAAAAGUGAAUGAGAAAAAACUGACACACUGUAGCCUGUACUGUACAUUUACUGCCAGAUUGACAAUUUACUGCUAACCUUUUCCUCUGUUCCGCUUGCAUUCGCCAUCACUUUUCUGCCGCUCACUCUCUCACUUAACGUCUCACUCACUUACAUACUGCCCUAUUCCUUAAAAGGAGAUAUGCCACCAGGACUUUCCCAGGCAACGACACAGACAUUAAAUCAUGUUUCAAAAAAGAGCUACGUUUUAAUGGGAAUUUUUGAUAUAAUUUGAUUGAUUUGAUAUAAUGAAAAUCUUAAGCAUUAUAACUCUAAAGUAGUAAAAAUGUUCUUUAUGUGUGUUUUGAAUGUAUGAUGUGUUUAUCAUUCCUUUGUCUGUCCUCAGUGUCUUUUGCAUUUUGACUUGUCAUAGUAGGAAAAGCACAGAUGUUACUAAUAACAUUAACGAUAGUUCAGGUCUGCCAUCAUUGAUAUUAUUUACACCCAUGAUUUUCCUAUUGUGACACAUCAACGUGUCCUCUGUGAAAAGGGCCUGUUCAUUAUCUAUAAUUCACACCAGUUUGUCACUGCCCAGAAAACUGUUGAUACUGGGAUUUAAACAAACUUUUACUUUCAACAUAUCAGUAUGGUGCUUUGUCAUCUCUACCUCACAUCAGCAGGUGAAGCUGGAGCCACAUCUGAGCAGCAAAACCUCAGGGGCUGAUCCAAUGGAUUGUCAUGAAAUUUCAAACAGAUAUUCAAAGUCCUCAGGGAAAACAUUAUGAUGAUUUGGUGAUGCUCUGACUUUUCCUCUAUCACCACCAUGAGGUUGACUGUUUAGUUUUUUUAUUAAAUAUUUUGAUAACUAUU